GGGUCAAAAUUGAUUAGCCAUUUUUUAAAGUAUGGUUUUGGAUAUGGAUAGUUCAUUAAGCUAUGUUCCUAUUUUAAGCUAAGUAGGUUUUAUUUAGUUCAGAUUUUUUUAGCUCAUUGUCUCAUUGAAAAUAUCGGUUAUUUAGGGGUGUAAUAGAACAAUCAUAAGGAAAUAAAGAAAACUUGUUUUCACAAACUCUUACUAAAAAGCCAUAACUAAAAUAAGCCUUUAAGUUCAAGUAGAAUUAAGUUAAAUCUAACCGUGACAUACAUGAUAUUGGUGUUUGUGAAUACCGUACACGAUUCCAGCACUUUUGGGACUUCAAUUUUCCAGCGGCCGCAGCAGAAUUGAUAGUUUUACGCCUUAGUUCUUGAUAUACUUUUGAGCGGAACAGUCGCAUCUUGUGCUUAUAAAUAAAUAUGGGAACUAGCUGGUUUAAUGGCACGACCCUUUUGCUUGGAUUUUGCAGUGCUGCUUAUAUUUUGUUUUUCACAUUUGCAAUAUUAACCUUAGUCAUGUGUUAACAAUAACUUAUAUCAAUAUCCUAUUGUCUCCAAUGCCAAACCCUUAUUUCGGAUUGUUUAAUU